GUCCGAUGUAUGACUGGGUAGGAAGGACUACAAAGGUCGAGAUAUGUGGUUUCUAGACCCAUAGAAACAAUCAGUAGUUUGUCCGAGUUAUAUAAAAACCAAAUCCUGCCACCUACUGACCUCAUUUCCUUUUCUACAUGACUCCAUCCUAUCCUCUACAUGUGAGAGUAGCAGCCUUUCACUAGUCCAACAAACCGCAUACACAUCCAUCAUUUGCACGUUAUAUACACCAUUUCAUAAACGCAGGAAUUUUGACAUGGCACCCUCGCAAGUGACCACCGACUCCACGAUUCUGAUAAUCGGCGCCGGAACAUGGGGCUGCUCAACCGCCCUCCACCUAGCCAGGCGGGGUUACAAACGUAUCACGGUCCUGGAUCCCUAUCCAGUCCCCUCGCCCAUCGCCGCAGGAAAUGAUAUAAACAAAAUCUCCGAACACAGCGGAGCAGAAGAUUGGCCCGACCCAGAUAAGGAUCCUCAGGGCUAUGCAGACCAUGUAUGCAGAGAAAAUGCCAUCAUGGCAUGGAAGAAUGAUCCUGUCUUCAAGCCAUAUUACCAUGAAACGGGAUUCAUCGUUGCCGCUCACACGCCUUCGACAAUUGAACAUGUGAAGAAACACGAACUAUACCCGUCUGAGUCCGCGUUUGAGAAACUCGAGACGGCCGAGGACUUCCGUAAGACUAUGCCUGAAGGUGUUCUCACGGGCUCUUUUCCCGGCUGGAAAGGAUGGUGGAAGAAAGACGGUGCUGGCUGGGUUCAUGCUAGGAAAGCUCUGGUCUCUGCCUACGAAGAGGCCAAGCGUCUUGGUGUCAAUUUUAUCACUGGCUCACCGCAGGGAAAUGUCAUUGGUCUCAAAUAUGAGAAUGGAGAUGUCAUCGGUGCAGAGACGGCGGAUAGCCAAGUCCACAGGGCGAAUCAUACCAUCCUCGCCGCGGGAGCAGCGAGUGAUCGACUCUUAGAUUUCAAAAAGCAGCUCCGACCAACAGCCUGGACAUUGUCACAUAUCCGGAUGAGUCCCCAGGAAGCUAAACUGUACCGAAAUCUUCCUGUCUUAUUCAAUGUCGCCAAGGGCUUCUUCAUGGAGCCCGAUGAGGACAAGCACGAACUUAAGAUCUGUGACGAACAUCCCGGCUACUGCAACUGGGUCGCUGACCCGAACCAUCCAGGCGAGAAGAUCAGUCUCCCUUUUGCGAAACACCAAAUUCCCCUAGAGGCAGAAGCUCGCGCGAGGGAUUUUCUUCGUGACACGAUGCCGCAUCUUGCAGAGCGUCCUUUCGCAUUUGCCCGCAUUUGCUGGGACGCAGACACGCCAGAUCGCUGCUACCUGAUUGACAGACAUCCCGACCAUCCUUCGCUUCUACUUGCUUGUGGAGCUUCUGGUCAUGGUUUCAUGCAGAUGCCUGCAAUAGGGGGAUUUGUCGCAGACGCAUUGGAGGGAAAGCUACACAGGACGAUUCAAUAUGCGUAUAGAUGGCGGCCGGAGACAGCGGUAAACAGAGACUGGAAAGAUACUCAGGACCGGUAUGGCGGGCCGAAUAGAAUGAUGGAUUUUCAGGAUAUUGGAGACAAUGAGUGGACUACGAUAUAUGGGCACACAGAGCGUACGUCCAUGUGAUCUGUCAUGUCAUCCGUUUGCAGCAGAAUCUUUGAUAUCCUAGUUAUAUAUAGGAUAGAACCUAGUAGAUCACUAGGAUCUAGAUUCUUGGUCACCAUGCUAUAGGAAAUAAAUAUAGAUUCAAACCCAUCCCCAGAACUAGAAACAAGUCAAGCAGCCUAGAUAUAUCAGCUAGAUGUCUCAAAUAAUACUAUGCUUCCGUGCAUUGGAAUUCGACACG